GUGUGUGUGUGUGUGUGUGUGUGUGUGUGUUCCAGGGAAAGUUCCAGAUGCGAGUCAAAGCCCACCGAAUGCUCGAUGACAGUCCGGUCUGUGAGUCUGAUGAGGCCGACAAAGAGGGGGAAAUGAGAGUCAAACCAACGACCUUCAAUGCCGGCGUAAACAUUAAAGCCUCCAUUCUGUGUCCGACCUGCGACUGUGAGAAGACUACCCUCCCUAAAGCAGACAUUUGUCAUAAAAAUGGAGACCUGGUGUGUGGGAAGUGUCAGUGCUCUAGCGGCUGGUUGGGUUCGUUCUGUAACUGCUCGGCCAUCACUUCAGCCCAAGACAGCAGCCAGUGCGUCGCUCCGGGGAUGAAGGAGCCCUGCUCUGGUCGGGGGGAUUGUUCGGCCUGUGGCGUCUGUGUUUGCUACAACCCCGACCAGUUUGAGGGGCCGUACUGCCAGUAUGACAAAACCCAGUGUCCACGCUACCAAGGAUUCCUGUGCAGCGACCAUGGCUCCUGUGUCAUGGGUGGCUGUGCCUGCGCUAAAGGAUGGAAGGGGGACGCCUGCGAAUGUCCCAAAAGCACCGACACCUGUCUGGACUCAAAGGGAGGUGUGUGUAACGGGCGAGGUGAAUGUGUGUGUGGCCUCUGCGUGUGUCCCAAAUCUGGAAUCGAAUUGACUGGAACCUGUGAGCCAAAUUUCCAGGCCCUGUCGGGUGCGUGCGAGGGUACAAGGAGUUGCAUUCAGUGUCAGGCGUGGAAAACGGGAGAAAAGAAAGACAAAAAGGAUUGUGACACGUGCCCCUUUAAGAUCAGGCUGGUGGAUAAACUCAAAGAAGCGGAGAAGGUGCUGGAACAUUGCAGUUUCCGUGACGAAGAUGAUGAUUGUACGUAUCAAUACACCCUGGAAAAACCCAGAAGACUCAAAAGUGGGAGGCUUGGAGGUCCAGGUGCUCGAAAAGAGAGGUGAGCUGCGC